ACCUCACAACCAGAGGCACAUGGAGUAGGAUAACACAUCCCUGAGGCUCUGACAAUACAUUCACAUACCCACUCACUCACACACACUCACACAGGGAGAUACCACCUCUGUCUAGUGCUGGACUGCGCUGGUGAGUUUGGCAGUGUUGGAUAUAAAUUCUCCUGCAUGGACUAAUAACUUGUGUACCAUGUUGCUCCGGACACCCUUGGAGGAUCCCCGCCAUGGUUUUGCCCAAUUAAAAUGGAGGAUAGUUUCGAUUGUGACUGUGGUGAGCUUGAGCCACCCGAUCACUGAGGGUGAAAAAUCACUUUGAAGACUUAAGGCCAGGCACGUUACAGAUUCUUCAGAUCAGGUGAAUUAACAAGAUAAAAACAAGACAAAUAAAUACAUUUUUAAAAAGUGCUUUUUGGCACAUUAGUAUGAAGCUGCUCAGGACCAGUCAUACACUGAAUGUAUCUGCACUGUGAGGAUGCAACUAGAUGCUUUUAUAGUUUGACACAAUUUCAGUGUUGUUUAAUUGGCCUCAAAGUUCAUUCCAGUUAUUGCAGUCUUUAAAACACUAGUCAGUACAAAACAGUUGAGUUAAAGAAGACCACAACUCGGAUUGGAGAAAGAAUUUCUCUUUGAAAAUUGCUCCCUUUAGACAAGAUGACAAGAAACUUUGACUACAGAUUAGGGCCCCACAUCUGACAGUGAGGGCUAGACGGGGGAUAUCAGUAGCCUUCUGUAUAGGGGUCAGUUAGCUCGGCCUCCAAGGCAGUGGUGGAGCCCACCAGAUAAACUCCUUUGUCAGUGUCACAUUGCACUUGAACAGGACAGAUCCCUAAGGUUAGACACAGAAGGCAGGAAUCGAAAGCUUGGUGUAGAAGCCAAACCCUCAUCAUGGCAGAAAAGUUUGAGUCAUUGAUGAACAUCCAUGGCUUUGACCUGGGUCCUCGCUACAUGGACUUGAAGCCUCUUGGCUACGGAGGGAAUGGCCUGGUGUUCUCAGCAGUGGACACGGACUGUGACAAGCGUGUGGCUGUGAAGAAGAUUAUCCUCACAGACCCCCAAAGUGUGAAGCAUGCCCUCCGUGAAAUCAAGAUUAUCAGACGCCUUGACCACGACAACAUUGUCAAGGUGUUUGAGACGUUGGGCCCCUGUGGUCGCAGACUAACGGAGGACGUGGUGUCCCUGACAGAGGUCAACUCUGUCUACAUUGUGCAGGAGUACAUGGAGACAGACCUGUGCCAGCUGCUGGAGCGAGGCCUCCUGUCUGAGGGCCACGCCAGGCUCUUUAUGUAUCAGCUCCUCAGGGGCCUCAAGUACAUCCACUCCGCCAACGUGCUGCACCGCGACCUCAAGCCUGCCAACCUGUUUGUCAACACAGAGGACCUGGUACUGAAGAUCGGGGACUUUGGGCUGGCUCGCAUCAUGGACCCACACUACUCACACAAGGGCCAUCUCUCCGAAGGUCUUGUCACCAAGUGGUAUAGAUCUCCUCGCCUGCUGCUCUCUCCCAACAACUACACCAAAGCCAUCGAUAUGUGGGCUGCCGGCUGUAUCUUUGCCGAGAUGCUCACAGGGAAAACCCUCUUUGCAGGAGCCCAUGAACUGGAGCAGAUGCAGCUGAUCCUCGAGUCCAUCCCCGUACUGCGAGAAGAAGACCGUCAGGAGCUCCACAGUGUCAUCCCUGUGUUCACCCGGAACGACAUGUCCCAGCCCCACACACCGCUGGCCAAGCUGCUGCCUGAUGUCAGUCCCCAGGCCCUGGAUUUCCUGGAGAAGAUCCUGACCUUUAACCCCAUGGACCGUCUGACUGCGGAGGAGGCCCUGGCACACCCCUAUAUGGCCGACUACUCAUUCCCCCUGGACGAGCCUGUCUCUCUGCACCCCUUUCACAUUGAAGAUGAGGUUGAUGACAUUCUACUUAUGGACCAGAGUCACAGCCACACCUGGGACAGGUACCAUGAGAGCCAGCUGUCAGAGGCUGACUGGCACCUGCACAGCACCCAUGACCCCGAAGAAGUUCAAGUUGACCCAAGGGCCCUCUCUGAUGUUACAGAUGAGGAGGAGGUCCAGGUCGACCCCCGCAAGUAUGCUGAUGGAGAGCGUGAAAAGUUCUUGGAUGAGCCGUCCUUCGACUACUCCAGUCUGUUCCCUCCAGAAAGAUCCUGGCAGGAUGACCACCAUGAGAACAAAUACUGUGACCUGGAGUGCAGCCACACCUGUAACUACAAGGCUGUGUCACCCUCCUACCUGGACAACCUCAUCUGGAGGGACAGUGAGGUCAACCACUACUAUGAACCCAAGCUCAUCAUUGACCUCUCCAACUGGAAAGAACAGCAGAGCAAGGAGAAGGCCGACCGCAAGGCUAAGAGCAAGUGUGAGAAGAAUGGGCUGGUGAAGGCCCAGAUAGCACUGCGGGAGGCAGAGAAGACCCAGGGCCCGGCCGAGAAGGACAGAGAGCAGGAGAAACACCAGACACAGACCCAAAGUCAGCAGAACCAAGGCUUUGACUUUGACUCUUUCAUCGCCGGCACCAUUAAACUGAGCCUGCAGCCAGAGCCCUGUCAGGAUGUAACCCUCUUGAACGAGGUGGGCCUCCUCAACGAGCUCAACUCGUCUGUCUCCCAGCUGGAGGCUCCUCGCUCAGGCUCCAUGUCAAAGUCCAUAAGCCAGGAGAAGGAGGAGAAGUGCCUGGUUAACCUGGCCCAGUUAGGCGGAGGAGGGCUAGGAGUAACUGGUGGGGAUGGAGUCAGGCCUGCUCACCCAUGGGGGAGCUUUGGCGGUGGGGAGAGAGUCGGGGAGAAUGGCUGUUUGAUAGAUGAAGCAUGCUGGGACAUUCGCAAAGAGGACCACCUCCAGAAGGAGAGCACUUACACCAGCUACCUGGACCGCCUGUUCAGCCGGAAGGAAGAGGGGGCAGGAGACACCAUGGCCAGCCCAGAGCCAGAGCCCCUGGAGGGGAGGGAGCGAGAGCUGGAUGAGGGCUUCCUAGGCAGGAACGGAGAGAUCAUGUUUAAUAUGCAGCUGGACUCUCUGGCCCUGCCCGGCUUUGACAGUGCAGAUGACUUGCCUCUGAAAUCCAUCCAGGCAUCCCUCACCCCGUCUGCUGUCAAAUGCUCUCCACAGAUCGCCCACAAAACGUACAGCAGCAUCUUCAAGCAUCUAAAUUAAAAAAAAAAAAAAACACAAAAAAAAAACACAAAUUAAAAGCCUCCCUCACAGUGCAAAAUCUAGGCAGUUCUGUUUUUAUGUUUUGUUUUAUAAUAAUGGUAUAUUAUUUUACUUGAAUCAUUUCAUACCUUUUUAUGUACGGAUACUUUUUAAUUUAGAUUUUUUUUUUUUUUUGUGGUAUAAGAAUUUAAAGGGGUGAUUUAAUAUUUUGAAAGAGUGUUGGUCAUCACUCUGAGCCUUGAUCACCAGGCCUUCAUGGAUUAAUGUCUACACUCUCAUUGCUAAACUGGCAUGUCAUUCGCACACUUAAGUACUGUAGAAUAGCAGAGAGAAGGAGAGAAGUAGCUGGAAUUUGGACGAUAGAUGGGAAGAGAGGUCUAAUGAUGUCAGAGUUGAAGUGUGGUUAAGUGGGUGUGAUCUAGGAGAAGGUGGGAGACAUUGUCACUACUAUUAUUGCUGUCGGCUGUGGAAGUGCUCUCAAACAAGCAGCCUUUACUGGGAUGUGGGUGGGGUGGGUUUUUUUUUUUUUUAGUGUUUGUAACUUAUUUUGUUUUCCAAAGAAAGCUUCCUUAAUAACCCUUUCAUACUGUAAAUUUAUUUGACACAUGAUGCCAGCAGCAAACCAUUAUUGUAGACGUUGAUGUAAAUGUGUUAUCUACCUCAAGGUAACAGCCGCGAGAGACACUCGAAGCCGCACUAGUGCUUUACACACGACCAUCCUCAUACCAUGAAAUGACUUGGUCACGUAGAUUAUUCUGUCUCACUUUAGCAUUUAACAUAGUGAGGUGUUUCAGUAAUCAUUAUUUAUUUCUAGCAGACGUGUAAUAUUUAUUUUAACAAAAUGUGUUAUUUCAAUGUGAUUAUUGGAGAUUGAGGGGAUGGACAGAUUUCCAUUUUCAUUUCGGCACUAUAUGGGGCGUGUCAGUGUUCCUUUAGGGAAGGAUGCAAAUUCAUCUGUUUCUACGUUCUAAAA